AUGCAUCGCUUUCUUGGGUUAGCAUCCCGCCUAAGGUCGCAUGCCCUCACGCAACUCGCGGUGGCCGGCCUGCUGUCCGUCCUGGUGGGCUUCACCUUACAGCUGACUAAGCUAUCUGCUUUAGAUAGCAGCGGUAGACAGUACAACCAGGGCACGUACGCAGGCAAGGUGGUUUUCCUGGAGGUGUUCGGAGUCAGCAAGGCUGUAGCAAACCUUUCAGUGGGCUGGCUCGUCACACGUUUUGGCUACGUCCGUACGGAGCUAGCCGGCUGGCUGCUGGGCCUCGCUAUGCCGCUGUUGCUACUGCUUGCCAGUGGCAAUGGCAGUGGCAGCAGCAGCGGCGCCGGCAAUGGCAACCACCACGCCCCAGCCGCCUCCGGCUGGCCUGCAGUCCUGGGCGCCAACGCCUUCCUCGGGGUCCAACAGGGGCUGUGCUGGUCAGUCACGGUGCUGGUGAUGAUCUUGACUAUGCCCGACACGCGGCGUGGAUUUGCGUCCGGUCUGAACGAGAUGCUGGGAUAUGCAGCGGUGGCCUCCGCAGCGCCAUUGUACGGCAUCCUGGAGUCUCGUAUGGUGCGUUGCGGGUGGGCCGUGCCGCCGGAGGCGCUCUCCGCUGCGUGUUCGGCAGCGGCGGCGGCGGCAGCUGCAGCGGUGGCGUCGUACCCUGCCUCCGACGGCAACGCUACGGCGGGGUUGCUGCUGCUGCCGCCGCCGUCGCAGCCGCCAUUACUGCUUUUGGACCACGAGGUUUGCACAUCCGCGGAAACCUGGGAUCCGGCCUGUUUGGGCGAGUGCCAGUGCCGGGGAUACGACCACUUGCUCCAGGCAGCGCUCUUGGUGCUACUGCCAGCUGGCUUACUCGUCACAUCGGUACUGCUGGCAGAGCCUUCUCCAGCGCCGCCAGCGGCACCACUAGCGUUGCUGCUGCCGGCGGCGGCGGCGGCGGCAGGCUCAGGUUCCGGUUCCCGGUCGAGGCGUGGGCCGGUGCAUUUGCCAUUGACGGCCGGGACGUCAGGGGCUGCGGGGGACGGGUUAACGGUGGCGGGAGUUGAGCCUGGCGGGAAGCGUGGGGAGGUUGCGGAGGAGUACCUGGCACUGAGCGGGUGGCGGAGAGGGAAUGGCGGUGGAGAUAUUGAUGACGGUGGCGCCGACGACGCCGCCAAGGCGGUGGCGACGGCCACCUGCAGCACGGACUCGUCGCUCGCGCGCGGUCCGGGGGCCUGGCUGGCGCGGCUGCAGCGCGCCGUGACGCGGCCCGUAUCGUACAAGGCCACUUUCCCAAUGUCGUACGGGCAGCUGCCGUCGGAACAGGAGGCCGAGACGCGGCGAUUGCUGCCGUGUGCCACCUCCGCAGCCACCUCGGACAAUAAAGCGGGGGCCGGGCUUGUGUACAAUAACGGUAUUGUAAAUGUACAGCAAGAUAGCAACCACCGCGCUGCGCUGUCUAACGGUUACAUUGCACUUCAUCCCCCCGGUUUGUAUUCCCCUGCCGAUUGCGGCGGCAGCGGCGGCUCCGUGUCUGCCGUCGGAGCGGAGGCAGCCGUCGUCGAAACGCCGUCAUCGCCGCAGCAGCAGCCGUCAUUGCCACUGUCGUACAAGGCGGCGGCUUCCUUUGAAGUCGCCCUUGGCAGUGCAGCAGGCCUUCGCGAGAUUGCAACAACCCCUAUAGACCGUUCAGCAUCGAACAACAGCAGCAGCGAAGAAUGGUUCGCCAGCGUACGACGCUUCGGCCGUGCCUUCCUGUACUACACGUGGCGAAACCCCAGUACGGCAUCCAUGUGCCUGGCGGGCGCCACCAGCAACGCGCUCACCAGUCUUGCAUGGGGACUGCUGCUCACAUGGGCGCGUGACACCCUGGGGGUAUCAGGGCCCGGGCGAAAUCUGCUCACCAUGUCGUAUUCUUUCCUAAAGGGCCUUGUGCAGCUGCUGUCCGGCGCCGUGUCCGACUCGACGGGCCGCAAAGGCCCCGUUCUGGUGGGCCUCCUACUCAACGCCGCAGGGCUGCUGACGUCAGCUUGCGGCGCAGGCUGGGGCGGGCGGCUGCUGGGGUCCGCCGUCACGCCACCGCAGCGGCUGCUCGUACAGUACGGCUAUCUUAUGCUGGGAAGCUGCCUCAUGGGCUCGGGUGCUGGUGUGUUUUACCCGGUGAUGCCGGCGGCCGUGGUGGACCAUCACCACCAGCUCGAGCGGCAGAGGGGCCAGGGUUAUGAGGCGGCGGCGGGUGGCGGGGCGGGGAGGGCGGGAGGUUUAGCGAUGACAGGGGGUAGAAUAGCGGAGGCAGAGGGUGGAGAGGUGUCGCCAGGGCAUUCCAUGGCGGCUGCGAUGGCGACGUACCGCUUCUGGCGGGACCUGGGCUAUGCAAUCGGGGCUUUAGGGGGGCCCGUGGCGGACUGGGUUGGGGUGGAAGUGACGUUGAUGGUGGCCGCGGCUGCCUGUGUGUUCGUGGCGGGUGUGGUGGUGGUGCGGUACGAGGAGCAAGUCCCUACGUGGGGGAGACGCGAGCGCGGGGUUGCAUGCUCGGGCGGGGAAGGCUAG